CUAUCGUCAAAACUGGCAUUUUUCCUCAAAACAAAGGUUGUAAAAGUAUGCUAGACAUUUAUAGAAUAAAUCAUACAUCGUUUGAUGUUUCUAUGACAAACAGUGAAUUAGUUAUUAAUUUAUACUGCUUUAAAUGGCAUUUUAUAGAUUUUAGGUAUUUCUAUCAAGUCAAAACUGGAAUUUCUACUCAAAACAAAGGUUGUAAAAGUAUGCUAGACAUUUAUAGAAUACAUCAUAUCUAGCUUGAUGAUUCUGUGACAACCAACUUUACCUCGGUAGCUAACGAUACCUAGGACACCCGUAGACAGUGUACUUCGCCCACGCCUGUCGGGCAUUGCUUUCCUGCAGUUCUGUUAACCACGAGGGCAGGUGAUCGGCAGCCCGGAGCGAAGGACACUACUAACUUGUUAGCUAGCUAGGACUCUGGUAGACCAUGUCCUUCGCCCCUGAAAAACUCAAAUAAUACUUUUAUUUCCCUUUUGACACACAUUUUAAUCGCAUAGACAAUCAGGGGAAAUCCCGAAUAUCAAGUAUCACACAAGCGUGAAGAUGGUGUGCUCGGAACCAACGGGAUGCUCGAUAGGGGGCGUUUCUGUAGAUGCAUGAAUAACUACAUGUAAGGAACGCCCCGAAUUGCGGGCCGCAAUCACACACUAUAUACGUUUAUGAUACAUGGAACGUCCCCCCAUUCAGCAUUAUCACAUUAGUUUAGAAAGUCUGUUGUCCUAGGUGGAUAGCUUUAAAGGCGUCAUAGACAGAAUGGAUAACUAUAAACAACUUGUUUUUGGAGCAAAGCCGAAAUGGACAGUGAUUCUGUCAGCCACAGCAUGCGGUGCAAGUGCCUUGGUCCUUUUGCUGAAAUGGUUCGGACACCAACAGUCGUGGAUGAAAAUUCAGAAGGCGAAAGUGCGAAGAGAAAAGUCGCUGCAACGAGCAGAGCAUGCUGUCUGUCAGUUCAACGAGUCGCACCCUGAGACAGACACCUCUCUCAUCCUCUCACUGUCCCUGGCUGAGCUGUCCAAACAACUGAAGGAUGGAACACUAACUCCACAAGCUGUGUUCCACUCAUACAUGGAAAAGACCUUGGAGGUGAAUAGGAGGCUGAACUGUUGCACUGAGGUCCUGCUGGAAAGUUGGGAUCAGCUGGAGGAUAUUGACUCUCACAAGGAUGGUCUCCUUUAUGGGGUCCCUGUCAGUAUCAAGGAAAAUAUUGGAUACAAGGGUCAUGACUCUACGUGUGGCGUAAUCUGUAAAUUGGACCUGCCUGCCACAGGGGACAGUGUGCUAGUUGAAGUGCUGAAGAGACAAGGCGCCAUUCCCUUCGUCAAGACCAAUGUGCCCCAAGGCCUGCAAAGCUUUGACUGUGGUAACCCUAUCUAUGGGCUGACUCUGAACCCCCACAACUCCCAGAAGACGUCAGGGGGCUCGUCGGGCGGGGAAGGGGCGCUGAUCGGAGGAGGGGGCUCGGUUCUGGGCAUAGGGUCCGACAUCGGGGGCAGCAUCCGCAUCCCAUCAUCCUUCUGUGGGAUCUGUGGCUUCAAGCCCACGGCCAACAGGCUGAGUUUGCGAGGUGCUAGCUCCUGUAUCCGGGGCCAAAAGUCAGUGCUGUCGUCCCUUGGGCCCAUGGCAAGAGACGUAGACAGCCUGGCUCUCUGUAUGCAUGCUCUGCUCUGUGACCACAUGUUCAUCCUGGACCCCACGGUACCACCCAUCCCAUUCAACCAACAGGUAUACCAGAGCACCAAGCCCCUGAGGAUCGGUUACUAUGAGAAUGACGGCUAUGCCAUGCCCUCUCCAAGCAUGGGCCGAGCCCUGAGGGAGACCAAGGCGUUGCUGGAGAAAGCAGGGCACACGUUGGUUUCCUUCAGUCCCCCAAGGCUGAUCUAUGCCAUUCAUGAGCUGGGUAUCAGGGGUCUCUUAGGCGACGGAUGCACUACCUUGCUUAGCAACCUGAAAGGGGGUCCUGUCGACCCGUGUCUCAGGGUUCAGAUUAUCCCCUACAGUCUGCCUCGCACUGUGAAGAAAAUCCUCUCCGUUCUCCUCAAGCCUAUAUUUCCCCGUAUCGCUGCCUCUCUGGAUAGCCUGCGUGGAGUUGGCUCUGUGCAAGACCUGUGGAGACAUCACGCGGAUGUGGAAGACUACAUGCACGAGGUGAUUGCAGAGUGGAGGAGGUGUGAGCUGGAUGUGCUGCUGUGUCCCAUGAUUGGUCCAGCCUACAUCCAUAACUACCCUGCCCAGCUUACCAGUACAAUCACCUACACCUUUAUCUACAAUCUCCUUAACUUCCCUGCUGGGGUGGUUCCUGUCUCCACGGUUACAGCAGAGGAUGAGGAAGAACUCAGGCACUACAAGGGAAACUAUGGGGACAUCUGGGACAAGCUCUACAAAAAGGCAGUCACUGGUGGAGAGGGGCUUCCUGUGGCUGUCCAGUGUGUGGCCCUGCCCUGGCAGGAUGAGCUCUGUCUGCGAUUCAUGAGAGAGGUUGAGAUGCUGGUCAGAGAGGAUAAGAAAUGAGAGGUCGACAGAGAGGGAGAGAAUGGUAACGGGGACAUGUUUGAUCAAGCAGUUAAAACAUUUAUGUACAUAAAUGUUACUGGUUUUUAGAAGUAGUAAAAAUUCACUAUAACAUUGUUCUUGUGAUGCGAGGUAAUCCUAAAUGUCUAAGAAAGCAGAUUGGAGUGAAGACUGAUCCAAGUGCACUGAGAAACACUAAGGCUUGUUCUUGGCUGCUAUCAGCGCACCAGACCUUUAAAUAGGAAUUCAUCAGUAAUUUAACUACAUGGGAAGAAAUAUUUUCUUACACGCUCAAGGAAAUUGAAAAAUUGUUUUACCUCAGUAGAUUAACCCCCCCCCAACAUAUGCAUUUAUCAUUAUAUAGGAAAAUGAGUUUGACUUCUACCUAUGACUCUACUAAUAGCUACUUUAUUGAGGAAAAAUGUCCUUUCUAUGCCUGUGAUAUGUGGUUUCCCACCUAGCUAUCUUAAGAUGAUUGCACUAACUGUAAGUCGCUCUGGAUAAGUGUCUGCUAAAUGACUAAAAUGUAAUUGUCUGUUUUUUGUAUCUCAAAUUAAACAAUUAUUUAAUAUA